AUGCGCGCAUGGCUGGGGUUCUCCAGCGCAGACGCGGACGCGCCAGACCUGGUGGUCGCCGGGUUCCAGGAGCUGGACGCGCGCGCCGAGGCGUUCGUCUACAACGACGCGGCCAAGGAGCAGCAGUGGACGGAGGCGCUCGUGCAGGCGCUCCCCGGGGGGUACCGCAAGGUGGCGGCGCGGCAGCUGAUCGGCAUGUUCAUCGUGGUGUUUGUCGCAGAGCGGUGCUACGACAGCGUCAGCGGCGUGCAGACGGCGUCGGUCGGGUGCGGGAUCAUGGGCGUGGUGGGCAAUAAGGGCGCGGUCGGCGUAAGGCUGGUUUAUGGGGACACGCCCGUGUGCUUCGUGUGCGCGCACCUGGCGCACGACGCGGCGCAGGUGGAGCGGCGCAAUGCGCAGUUCCACGAGGUGUGCCGCCGCCUGGUGUUUGCGCCGGACGAUGCCGGGUGGCCGGACCCGCUGGUGCCGCGCAGGGAGCCGGUGGGGGCCGUGGGUGUCUUUGACCAUGCGUACGUCGUGUGGCUCGGCGACCUCAACUACCGCGUGGGGCAGCCGGAGCCGUCGGAGCCGGGCGGGCCGGGGCGCCCAGACCCAGCCCCCAGCACAUACGCCGAGCUGCUUGCUCGCGACCAGCUGCGCGCGGCGAUGGGCGACCGCCAGGCGUUUGCUGGGUUCGAGGAGGCGGCUGUGCGGUUCGCGCCGACGUACAAGUUCGUGCCGGGCACGGCGCGCUACGACGAGCGGCGGCGGCCGGCGUGGUGCGACCGCGUGCUGUGGUGGGCGCCCUCCGGCGGCAUCGGCUGCGACGAGUACGCGGCGGCAGCAUCCGUGCUGAUGUCGGACCACCGGCCGGUGCGCGCGCGGCUGGUGGCCGACGUGUGGCGCGUCGGCCGCGCGCGGCGCCAGGCCGUGUACCUGGACGUUCUGCGCGAGCUGGACCGCUACGAGAACGAGUGCAUCCCGACGGCCAGCCUGGACGCCGACCGCGUGGACUUUGGGCGGGUCGUGUUCGGCUCGCGCGUGGCCAGGCGGCUGCGGCUGGCGAACACCGGCCAGGUGCCGCUGGAGUAUGGGUUCGUGGCGACGCCGGCGUAUGCCCGGGGCAUGCCGGCGUGGCUGCGCAUUGCGCCGGGGUCUGGCAUGCUGCUGCCGGGCGAGGCCGCCCGCCUGGAGCUCAGUGUGCUGGUGGACGAGCGCAGCUCGGCCGCACUGACUACUCUGAGCGAGGACCUGGCGGCCAUCCUUGUGCUGCACUUGACGCGCGGCCGCGACUACUUUUUGCAGGUGGCCGGCCGCUACGAGCCGUCGGUGUUUGGGUGCCCGCUGGAGAUCCUGGUGCACCUGCGCGGGCCAAUCCGCGCGAUGCACAGGGCGGACUUUGCCGCGUGCCUGGCGUCCGGCCAGUUCAGCGUGCCGCGGUGCGUGUGGGCGCUGACCGACUUUAUUGCGCGCUACGGCGUUGAGCGCGGGUGCUCGUGCUUUGAGCGGCCGCCGGACCGCGCCCUGAUGCGGGUUGUGCGCGAGUGGCUGGACGAGGACCAGGAGCUGGAUCCCGCCGUGCUGCUGCACACCAGCAGCAGCAGCACUGUUGCUGUCUCUGCGCUCCCGCACGACAUUGGCGUUGACACAGCGUGCGGCUGCCUAGUGGACCUGUUCCGCUCACUGCCUGAGCCCCUGGUGCCAUUCGACAUGUACGCGGCGUGCGUCGAGGCCGGCGGCGUCUCGCGGGCGGCGGCGCUGGAGGCGCUGGAGAUCUUGGCGCCCGGAAGGCUCAAUGUUCUGGUGUAUUUGCUGGCCUUUUUGAGAGAGUGCGUGGAGAGAGGCGCUGUAACUAGGCGCAGGGUGGCGAGGGUCUUUGCUCAGGUUAUUUUGCGUCCGAGGGACGUGGAGGAUGCCGUGGUGGGCGAGGGCGCGGAGAGAUUUGUCGAGUUCUUGCUGAUCGCACAGGGCCAGAUUUGA